CUUUGGCGCCAAGAUGGCGAUGGAGAUGAGGCUUCCCGUGGCUCGCAAGCCUCUUAGCGAGAGCGUGGGCCGCGAUACUAAAAAACAUCUGGUGGUUCCGGGGGACACGAUCACCACGGACACGGGAUUCAUGCGGGGCCAUGGAACUUACAUGGGGGAAGAGAAGCUCAUUGCAUCUGUGGCUGGCUCAGUGGAGAGGGUAAACAAGUUGAUCUGUGUGAAAGCUUUGAAAACCAGAUAUAAUGGUGAAGUAGGAGACAUUGUGGUGGGGAGAAUCACAGAGGUUCAACAGAAGAGGUGGAAGGUGGAGACCAACUCUAGGCUGGAUUCGGUCUUGCUUCUGUCAUCCAUGAACCUUCCUGGAGGAGAGUUGAGGAGAAGAUCUGCAGAAGACGAGCUGGCCAUGAGAGGUUUCUUGCAGGAAGGGGAUCUUAUCAGUGUAUCCUGCACCUUGGAUUACAGCGUCUCUGUGCUCUACACGGAGCUGGGAAAUGGGGCUUUGAUCGCGGAGGUGCAGGCGGUGUUCUCCGAUGGGGCUGUCUCUCUGCACACGAGGAGUCUGAAAUACGGCAAACUAGGCCAGGGGGUGUUGGUCCAGGUUUCCCCCUCCCUGGUCAAACGGCAGAAGACUCACUUCCAUGAUUUGCCCUGUGGGGCCUCAGUGAUUCUUGGUAGCAACGGCUUCAUCUGGAUUUACCCCACACCCGAGCACAAAGAAGAGGACGCGGGGGGCUUCACUGCAAACCUGGAGCCCGUCGCCCUCGCCGACCGAGAGGUGAUCUCCCGGCUCCGGAACUGCAUCAUCUCGCUGGUCACCCAGAGGAUGAUGCUGUAUGACACUAGCAUCCUGUAUUGCUACGAGGCAUCCCUUCCGCACCAGAUCAAAGACCUCUUAAAGCCAGAAAUAAUGGAGGAAGUAGUUAUGGAAACGCGUCAGAGGCUUUUAGAACAGGAGGGGUGAGGAGAGACAUCUGAAGGACGGGACGGUAUGCACCUGACCGGAGCCGUUCUUGAAAGUGAAGAAUCUGAUUUGUGGUCCCAUGUGUGUCUCCGUGGAGAACUGACACUCGUCACCUGACCUAUAUCGGGCUACCUCUGGCCCAAAGACCUGCGUUCUCCUGUUGGAGGGCAGAGCCUGGGGAAGUGCUGCUGGCGCCUCUGGUUGCCCGCAGAGACCAUGUUACGGGUAGUUUCAGGCCUUUGGUUUUUUAAAUUUUUAUUAUUAUUAUCUUUCUUUUUUUUUUUUUUAAAGUUUCAAGACUUCAGAAGCACACAGUGUUUCAGCCAAGUGGACUCCCAUUUUGGAAUAAUAUGGACAAUCUUUUUCUUCCACUCACCAUCAAUUCACAAUUUCACAUGAAAUUGCCCUUAUAAAAAACACAGCCCCCCUGACCCGCAAAUUGCCUGUUUUGGCCUCUGUUCCCACUUAUGCAGCGCAAGUAGGAUAUUGAAGAAUAUAGUUAGUAACUUUUUUUUUGAGAGAGAGGGAGCGUGCUUGCGCAGGGGUGGGGGAGCGUGUAUCUUAAGCA